AUGGAUUUCGCGGCGCUCAUGUCCAAAGAGCUGGACAAGGCAAAGGAGUCGACGCCAGCCUCGUCGUCAUCAAAAUACGUCAAGCGCGCCGACGUUGAAGCGAAGCGCAGGCAGGAAUACCUUGCGGAACAAGCCCGCAUCGAGGCCGAGCGAGAGGCCAGGGCCGCCGCGAAGCGCAAGCGCGAGGACGAAGAGGCGGCCGAGAAGAAGAUACGCGAAGAAAAACGUCAAAAGCUCGCCGAGGAAUCACGGCGGCGGCGCGAGGAGAAGGAAGCAGAGGAGGAGCGCGCCCGGCGCAAGCGGCUCGGUCUCCCGGAGCUCGUCAAGGCCAGCAGCGAGGAUGUCGCCGAGGUUGAGGAUGGCAUGGAGGACAUACCCGACGAGGAGCUCGCGGGAAAGCUGCGGGCGCUGGGCGAGCCGGCAACGCUCUUCGGCGAGGGACACGUGGCAAGGCUGAGGAGAUACCGACGGCUCACGACGGUGGUCACAAAGGGCCCCAUUCCGACGACGCUGCAGCUGGUCGACGAGAAGGACAUGAAGGUCGACGGUACGGUGCCCAAGGACAAGGAAGGGCGCAGCUGGCUGUUCAGGCAGCUGGCAUCAUACUUCACCAUGGUCCUGACCGAGUACGAGAAGGCCAUGGAGCAGGAGCGGCGCGACACGACUGCGAGCAAGACGGCCUACAGCGCCAUGGUGCAGAGCCGCGAGAACCUCAAGCCGCUGUUCCGCAAGUUCGAGAAGCACGACCUCGACGACGACCUCCUGGCGCCCGUCGUCGAGAUCGUCAAGGCCGCGCAGGAGCGCCGCUACGUCGACGCCAACGACGGUUACCUCCGCCUCUCGAUCGGCAAGGCCGCCUGGCCCAUCGGUGUCACCAUGGUUGGCAUCCACGAGCGCAGCGCCCGCGAGAAGCUGCACAACGGCGAGCGCGGACAUGUCAUGGGCGACGAGGUCACGCGCAAGUACCUGCAGAGCAUCAAGCGCCUCCUCACAUUUGCGCAGAUCCGCUGGCCGCCCACCGACGUGCGUCAACUCAUGGGGUGA